AUGGACAUUCACUCCCCUCUUGGCUCCCCUUGGAGCAUUGUUGAGAUAAAGAAAGGUAGGCCUACUUUUACACAGAUGCACAUUUUUCUCUAUAUAAGCUUUAUUUGUUGACAUGUUAUGAUACCAUUCAUGUUCUUUCAGUGAAGAUACAUUCUCCCAAACACACUCCUAAUGCUGAAUACCUCUUAAGGAGAAGGUGUGGGAUGGCAGGUAUUUAAUUUGAGGACAAAUAUACAAUUUAUGGGUGAUUUUACUUUGACUAAAACGUUUAUUAUUAUGAAUAACAAACAAAUAAACAUGUAAUUUAUUACAGAAAGUCUUGAGGAGACUGCAAAGCCAACAUUGGAUGCGUUCUGGCUGAAAUCAAGAAAUAGUACAGGUAAUUCUUAACAUAUGCAUGCAAAUAAUUGAACCAUGGCAAACGUCAUUGUUCUUACUUUCAUGAUAACGUUUAUUUUAUUUAUUUAUUUAUUUUAAAAAUCUUGUUAACAGCAUAUCCUUUGAUAGGAUAUUUGUUGAGCUGUUUAUUGCAGAUUCUCAAAACUCUCCUCGGGGACACAAAGACAUUUCACAAUUGUUGUCGCCCUGAACAAGCUCACCUUGAUUGCCCUAGUCAAAGGCAUGAUGAUUAGUUGACUAGUUGAAUUAGGUGUGUUAGCUCUGGAAUAGAUCCAAUACUAGGAACGGCUGGGUAUCUCAGAGGAGAGGUUGGAGAACCACUGGUUUAAUGAAUAUACACCAGCCAUGGAGACAGGUUUUUCUUGUCUCUGAUAUGCAGAUGACGACAGAAAAGCCAACAACCCGUUUGUGCUUCCAAUGGAUCGUAACAUCUUCAAAAAGAGAGAGAUUGACUCUGUAAUCAAACAACAAGUACGUAGGCUACUGUAAUACCCUCUGGGACUUUAAUGCAUCCAUCUCUAGACUAUAAUAGAAAAUAAUAAAAAUAUAAUAGAAUCUGAGCCAUGAUUAACACAGUAUGCCGGGUCUGCAGAUCAAGGCCUGUAGGCCUAACAAGUGAUUACAGGAAUACCAUUUUGAGAUUCUCUCUCUCUCACUCACUCACUCACUCACUCACUCACUCACUCACUCACUCACUCACUCACUCACUCACUCACUCACUCACUCACACACUCACACACUCACACACUCACUCACUCACUCACUCACUCACUCACUCACUCACUCACUCACUCACUCACUCACUCACACACUCACACACUCACACACUCACUCACACACUCAGGAGAAGAAAUUCUUCAGCAGCCUGCCGACCCAGAUGAAGAGUACCUACCUGUCCCGUCUCAGGUGCCGCUCGGCCCCCAUGAGGAGCGCUGUGGAGGACACCAUCCCCGAACCAGAGAAAUGCAGAGGGGACAAAACAACAUGGGCCACCGUGGUCACUAAAGGUACUGUAUAUAACAGACAGGAGUCUAGAAUCAAAAUGCAUGUAUUAUCUAAAUAUGAAUAUACACUGCUCAAAAAAAUAAAGGGAACACUAAAAUAACACAUCCUAGAGCUGAAUGAAUGAAAUAAUCUUAUUAAAUACUUUUUUCUUUACAUCGUUGAAUGUGCUGACAACAAAAUCACACAACAAUUAUCAAUUGAAAUCAAAUUUAUCAACCCAUGGAGGUCUGGAUUUGGAGUCACCCUCAAAAUUAAAGUGGAAAACCACACUACAGGCUGAUCCAACUUUGAUGUAAUGUCCUUAAAACAAGUCAAAAUGAGGCUCAGUAGUGUGUGUGGCCUCCACGUGCCUGUAUGACCUCCCUACAACGCCUGAGCAUGCUCCUGAUGAGGUGGCGGAUGGUCUCCUGAGGGAUCUCCUCCCAGACCUGGACUAACGCAUCCGCCAACUCCUGGACAGUCUGUUGGUGGAUGGAGCGAGACAUGAUGUCCCAGAUGUGCUCAAUUGGAUUCAGGUCUGGGGAACGGGCGGGCCAGUCCAUAGCAUCAAUGCCUUCCUCUUGCAGGAACUGCUGACACACUCCAGCCACAUGAGGUCUAGCAUUGUCUUGCAUUAGGAGGAACCCAGGGCCAACCGCACCAGCAUAUGGUCUCACAAGGGGUCUGAGGAUCGCAUCUCGGUACCUAAUGGCAGUCAGGCUACCUCUGGCGAGCACGGAGGGCUGUGCGGCUCCCCAAAGAAAUGCCACCCCACACCAUGACUGACCCACCGCCAAACCGGUCAUGCUGGAGGAUGUUGCAGGCAGCAGAACGUUCUCCACGGCGUCUCCAGACUCUGUCACGUCUGUCACGUGCUCAGUGUGAACCUGCUUUCAUCUGUGAAGAGCACAGGGCGCCAGUGGCGAAUUUGCCAAUCUUGGUGUUCGCUGGCAAAUGCCAAACGUCCUGCACGGUGUUGGGCUGUAAGCACAACCCCCACCUGUGGACGUCGGGCCCUCAUACCACCCUCAUGGAGUCUGUUUCUAACCGUUUGAGCAGACACAUGCACAUUUGUGGCCUGCUGGAGGUCAUUUUGCAGGGCUCUGGCAGUGCUCCUCCUGCUCCUCCUUGCACAAAGGCGGAGGUAGCGGUCCUGCUGCUGGGUUGUUGCCCUCCUACGGCCUCCUCCACGUCUCCUGAUGUACUGGCCUGUCUCCUGGUAGCGCCUCCAUGCUCUGGACACUACGCUGACAGACACAGCAAACCUUCUUGCCACAGCUCGCAUUGAUGUGCCAUCCUGGAUGAGCUGCACUACCUGAGCCACUUGUGUGGGUUGUAGACUCCGUCUCAUGCUACCACUAGAGUGAAAGCACCGCCAGCAUUCAAAAGUGACCAAAACAUCAGCCAGGAAGCAUAGGAACUGAGAAGUGGUCUGUGGUCACCACCUGCAAAACCAGUCCUUUAUUGGGGGUGUCUUGCUAAUUGCCUAUAAUUUCCACCUGUUGUCUAUUCCAUUUGCACAACAGCAUGUGAAAUGUAUUGUCAAUCAGUGUUGCUUCCUAAGUGGACAGUUUGAUUUCACAGAAGUGUGAUUGACUUGGAGUUACAUUGUGUUGUUUAAGUGUUCCCUUUAUUUUUUUGAGCAGUGUAUUUGCAUUGUUGUAUUCUUAUUUGCAUGCUGUCUGUGUCCUAUAACUAAGAUCAUUUUAUAAUAGGUAGACGUAUAAUAAAAGUAUAGCCUACUAUAUAUUUUAUUAUAGGAGUAUCUAUCAGUAUUUUAUUUAAAUUAUUGGACUUUGACAGCAGUCACAAUAAAGGAGCAUACAUCAAUGUUUUAACAGAGAGUGUUGACUAGAUUAUCUCGUGUCGUUCUGCAGGUAGCAGUCAAGACAGGGAGAACAUUAGGGACUACUUGUCUAAACAGCGAGAAAAGUUUAUGCUGCAGGUAAAACAAUUAUGGCCUAAAAUGUUACAUAAGGUGGGGCUAAGUGUGAUGUCAGACCUGUGUCAAUGAGACUCUGGGCUGAAUUCAAUCAAAGCCAAACGCCAAUUUCAAUUCAAUAUGAAUUUUUAAAAUUUCCUGAUGUAGAAAUAGGGGCGGCAGGUAGCUUAGUGGUUAAGAGCGUUGUGCCAGUAACCGAAAGGUCGCUGGUUCUAAUCCCCGAGCCGACUAGGUGAAAAAUCUGUCAAUGUGCCCUUGAGCAAGGCACUUAACCCUAAUUGCUCCUGUAAGUCGCUCUGGAUAAGAGCGUCUGCUAAAUGACAUAAAAUAAUAAAUAAAUAGAAAGACAAUCUCUACAGUGGGUUUUAAGGAAUUCCAGCCUCUCUCUCUAUCCAUGUCUCUCUAGUACUCUCUGACAGUGAAGCAAGAAACCAUCAAGAAGCUGGAGAAGGACACAGCGAUAGCGCUUCAGUUGAUCAGCCAUGCUGAGAAACAUCUGGAGGAGGACUCGGUCGCCUUUGAAAAGUUCAUUAAGGAAAACGACCAGAGCUCAGUGGCAGCUGUCAAGUUGUUAGUAGGCGUAUCAUUAUUAUAACCAAUACAUAUUAGCCUACACAUGAUUUUGUAUUAGCUUUUAGAAUAUCUCUAGCCACCUGAUUUGACAAAUAACCAGUAGGUUACAGUAAUUAGUUAAUUUAUUCAUGAUAGGUCCACCACAGGUAGAUCGUGGUAAAUGCACAAUGUUACAAUAAAUAAAAACAUCACAUGUAUAUUAUGUUGUCUUUCUUUCCAGGGCAGAGAAAGAGACUAUGGUGAAAAUGGAGAAAACAGCAGAAAUAAAAAAAGUAACAGUUCAAAUGAUGGCGAUGAAAAGGUACCUUAUUACAUACACAGGCCAUGUGUAACGUUAGGCUACCAUACUAUUUAAAAUACUAGAAAGGAAAAAUCAAAAUGUGUCUCCUUCGAGCCGGAUUUGAACCAGCGACCUAAGGAUUUCAGCUUGAAUUCCAACUACAGUCCUCCGCUCUACCAACUGAGCUAUCGAAGGGACGCUAUAAGACUGAGAAGAAACAGGGUAUUUAAAGUUAUUGCCAGAGGAAACCGACAGUUGUGAAAUGUUAAAUAUUUUCAGCUGUUGUUUUUUCUCCUCCAGUAACGCUGUUAGGUUUUAACAUAUUUCACUACUGUAACUAAUGUAGAAGUGAAAACGAUCUAACCACGUUGUUGUUUUUCAGAAUGGAUGAGCUAGCAUGCACGUUAGCUAGGCUACGUUUAGAGAACGGGCCGCCGUCGCGCUGAACACAUUAAUUUCCAUUGGAGAGUGCGGUGGAGUCGACGUGUUUUUUCCAGUGGUAGUAAAUGUCAUCCCAUAUAAUGCAAACAUAUCCCCCUUUAGCGAUAUCUCAAAGUAUCAAGAAAUCCUAAAGGAGUACCGGACAUACAAAACGUUUCUCACCGCCGUCGGACCUAUGGAGUGGCGCGAGGAACAGAAGCGCAAGAGGGAGGAGAGGAGAGCAACCAAGCAGAGGGAAAGGGAGUUUAAAGGUAUGGGAGUUUAAAUACUUUCCUUGGACUUAUUUCAGAAUGAUAAAAUGUCACAUAAUGAUAAAAUGUGUGCAAUAUGCAAUAGUAGGCUAAAUCUAUUGACAGAAGUGUGACAUUUUGUAUUACUUUACUGAUUCCAAGAAGAAAACCAAAAAGGUCCAGCCUAUGCCAGAAAAAAUUCAAGAGUCACAAAAAAAUCACAGAUGAGACAUCAAAGCAAAGGGUAAGAGGAUGGGGAUCAUAUAUAUAUAUUUUCGUGUGUGGAUUAUAUUUUAAUAUCAAUCAAUGUAAUUGAUUAGUAAAAUUGCAAAUAGUUAAGUGCUAGUGUGUGUAUUUGAUUGUACUCUGUCAGCGGGAAAGUGAGCAGCAUCCUUCACCAUCAGGAGAGACAGGGGUCCACCAUCUCCGAGGUGCCAGAGACAGCAGAGACCUCAGACAGCGACGAGGUAUGGAUUAAACGUUCCUGUUUUUAUUAAUUAACAAUCUUGAGUAUUGGUGUGUUUGUAGACAUACUGUAUGUAACGAACCAGGGUAGUGGUAAAAAAAUUGGGGUAAACCGGAGGCACAUUUUAUAAACUCCCUAAUGCAAAAAAAAAAAAAAAAAGUAUCUAACUACCCUAAUAAGUGGGUACACCCUAUUCAUAAAUUAAGACAAGGAAACUGGGUUUACUUGGGUUGACCCCCAAGACAGCACAAACCGAUCCGACUGGGACCAGACGUGUGUUAUUAGCUCUUCUUCUUAGUUGUUUCUGCUGUGGCUCCUCUCCUCCAAGGAGCCAGAGUUGUUUUACUCCAACCCCAGGGACAUGCUGAAUUUGUUGACUGACCUGGAGGAGCAGAACCUGUCCUACAUCCAGAACUACCAGGAGACCGAGGAGGCCAUGGAUGAGAUCCGCAAAACCAUCCAGCAGACGCAGGAAAGAAUGUAAGGAAGGGAACGUAAUCUACAGUGGGGAAAAAAAGUAUUUAGUCAGCCACCAAUUGUGCAAGUUCUCCCACUUAAAAAGACGAGAGAAGCCUGUAAUUUUCAUCAUAGGUACACGUCAACUAUGACAGACAAAUUGAGGAAAUUUUUUCCAGAAAAUCACAUUGUAGGAUUUUUAAUGAAUUUAUUUGCUAAUUAUGGUGGAAAAUAAGUAUUUGGUCACCUACAAACAAGCAAGAUUUCUGGCUCUCACAGACCUGUAACAACUUCUUUAAGAGGGUCCUCUGUCCUCCACUCGUUACCUGUAUUAAUGGCACCUGUUUGAACUUGUUAUCAGUAUAAAAGACACCUGUCCACAACCUCAAACAGUCACACUCCAAACUCCACUAUGGCCAAGACCAAAGAGCUGUCAAAGGACACCAGAAACAAAAUUGUAGACCUGCACCAGGCUGGGAAGACUGAAUCUGCAAUAGGUAAGCAGCUUGGUUUGAAGAAAUCAACUGUGGGAGCAAUUAUUAGGAAAUGGAAGACAUACAAGACCACUGAUAAUCUCCCUCGAUCUGGGGCUCCACGCAAGAUCUCACCCCGUGGGGUCAAAAUGAUCACAAGAACGGUGAGCAAAAAUCCCAGAACCACACGGGGGGACCUAGUGGAUGACCUGCAGAGAGCUGGGACCAAAGUAACAAAGCCUACCAUCAGUAACACACUACGCCGCCAGGGACUCAAAUCCUGCAGUGCAAGACGUGUCCCCCUGCUUAAGCCAGUACAUGUCCAGGCCCGUCUGAAGUUUGCUAGAGUGCAUUUGGAUGAUCCAGAAGAGGAUUGGGAGAAUGUCAUAUGGUCAGAUGAAACCAAAAUAGAACUUUUUGGUAAAAACUCAACUUGUCGUGUUUGGAGGACAAAUAAUGCUGAGUUGCAUCCAAAGAACACCAUACCUACUGUGAAGCAUGGGGGUGGAAACAUCAUGCUUUGGGGCUGUUUUUCUGCAAAGAGACCAGGACGACUGAUCCGUGUAAAGGAAAGAAUGAAUGGGGCCAUGUAUCGUGAGAUUUUGAGUGAAAACCUCCUUCCAUCAGCAAGGGCAUUGAAGAUGAAACGUGGCUGGGUCUUUCAGCAUGACAAUGAUCCCAAACACACCGCCCGGGCAACGAAGGAGUGGCUUCGUAAGAAGCAUUUCAAGGUCCUGGAGUGGCCUAGCCAGUCUCCAGAUCUCAACCCCAUAGAAAAUCUUUGGAGGGAGUUGAAAGUCUGUGUUGCCCAGCGACAGCCCCAAAACAUCACUGCUCUAGAGGAGAUCUGCAUGGAGGAAUGGGCCAAAAUACCAGCAACAGUGUGUGAAAACCUUGUGAAGAAUACAGAAAACGUUUGACCUGUGUCAUUGCCAACAAAGGGUAUAUAACAAAGUAUUGAGAAACUUUUGUUAUUGACCAAAUACUUAUUUUCCACCAUAAUUUGCAAAUAAAUUCAUUAAAAAUCCUACAAUGUGAUUUUCUGGAUUAUUUUUUCUCAUUUUGUCUGUCAUAGUUGACGUGUACCUAUGAUGAAAAUUACAGGCCUCUUUCAUCUUUUUAAGUGGGAGAACUUGCACAAUUGGUGGCUGACUAAAUACUUUUUUCCCCACUGUAUGCUGUUAUACUCCCCAUUUGAAUCAAAUCCCCUUUGGAAUUCAACAGGGCUGUGUUCCUCAGAGCAUGCAACGGAAAAUGUUUUAAAAUGUUUUGUAAACGGAACAACGAAAAUGAGUGUUUCUUAUCGAUGAGUCCAGGUCCUCUUGGGCAAUUCCACCUUUUAUUCAGUUAAUUUCAUGCCUAAUGAACAUGACCCAGGUGUCAUCCCUAGCAAAUGUGCCUGCUAACAGCAGGUGUGUGUUUAUUUCCGUGUGUAAUGUACAGGAACAGUGAAAUCCGGAUCCUGCUGCAGCAGGUAGACAUCCUGAAGAACACCAUCCAGAGGGAGGAGGAGAAGUCCUCUGAGCUGGAGCUCAAGUCCAGGAUCUUCUCCUACGGAGAGUACAGAGCUGACAAACAGGUUAGUACUAUUGUCCACGUCGUUGCUGCAGGCCCAAUGGAUGAGCGCAAUUUGAUGAUCGGCAUCGCUCUCAGUGACGAAAUUGCAAAAGCAAGUUACAUGGACGCCUUUGGCUUUGAUUGGCUGAUUGAUUAAUUGGUCUCCUUCUCAAAAUGCAUCAGAGAGGAAUCCAAAGGUUAAUCAGUCUCCCCAGACCUUUUCAUCCACUGCAUGUUUGAGAGGGAGACUAGGAAAGAGGAUGCAAGGAGUGAAAGGAAAUACAAUUGAGAUUCAAUCAUUUUGUAGUCAAUUUCACCUCUUCUUUCUCACAGGAUGUGAUGCUCAAUGUGCUGCAGAAGAAGGUGAAGGAAGUGCACAGGGUGUGUGUAGGGAGAGGUGGACUCCAAUAUCAGCACUCUUCAUAUGCUGGCCAACAUCGAGAGCAGGAUGGAGGACAUUAUGGACUGCCUGGAGACGCUGCCUCCGGACAAAAUUGACACCGUCCGCACACAGAGGGAGAAAGAGAAGAGGCUCAAGUAUGUGUCCUCCCUUACAGCUCUUUGCAGUCAUACACCGACAAGUAACCGGAAAGCACUCUUGGCUGUGUUUACACAGGCAGCCCAAUUCUUAUAUCCCCCCCCCCCCCCCCCACACACACACAUACUAAUUGUUAUUUUGACCAAUCAGAUCAGCUCUUUUGCCAAUUAUUGGGUAAAACAUCAGAAUUGGUCUGCCUGAGUAAACGCAACCGUUGUGACAACUGCUGGGGUAAAAAGGUAUUUAUAAAAUAAAUGUGAUUGAUUAAUUAAUAGUUGCCAACACCAUACCACACAUUCAGGAUGAAUGCUCUCAAUUGUGCGGCCAGCGGUAGAAGUUGACCAGAGUAUUCAUCAUCCCAAACUGCCUCAGCAAUCUCAGGAAGAAGGCUAGAGAUGCUGUUGUGCCGUCUUGAUCAAUAGAUCCGUUGGUAUGGGACCAUAAUGCUCCCUUCCUCUAAUCUCCUUUCAGGAUGCGUGAGGAGAAGCUGUUGAUGAAGAAACACCACCAGGAGGAGAGACUCCGGAAGGCUCUGGAGAGGGCCACCUCCGACAGCAAGAAGAGGGUUAGUGUAGUCAAUGUAUCAAACAGGACACAUGUCGAUUGCUAUAACAAAGUUUGAGUAAAUACGUUCUGUUUAUCAAUGGAAAGGCAUUUAUAGACUGGUGUGCAUAGAGAAUCAACCUAGAAUACAGUAUCUACCUUUGCUGCACUGUGUAUUGAUGAAACAUGCUUCGCCAGGACCAAAUGCCUUUGCAAUGACACCUAAUAUUACAGACCUGUAACAGAGUUUAAUACACAGCAUAACGAGCCAGCCUACAUCUAUCCUCUUCUCUGGCUUGUAGAUGGGCAGAAGGCUGAUGCCGCGAUCGGAGCCAUCAGAUAUCAAGAAGAAGGGACAUGACACACGCGUUGACCACUAGCGAGCAAGAGGACGUCUUCUACUUCUUUUCCUGAUUAUUUUAAACCAUCAGUAUUCACAGACAACAUAACACAGUGACUGAUUUUAAACCAUCAGUAUUCACAGACAAUAUAACACAGUGACUGAUUUUAAACCAUCAGUAUUCACAGACAAUAUAACACAGUGACUGAUUUUAAAUGAGCUUUUAUAUACAUUAGGCCAAUAUUUCAGUUAGCCCAAGUCACCAAGGAGCAUUUCCAUUCACUCACUGAUUUGGCCUAUACAAUAUUAUCUAAUGCUUUAUAACAGUUAGAUUGAUAAUUAAAUGUACUGUAUACUUUGAUUAUAAAAUAAAUAAAAUAUUAUUGCCUUAGUAUAUUCUGUUAUUGAUGUCUAAAUACGAUUAUUUAUGUAUAGAAAGUAUGUAAAUUGCUGAGAGAGUUGUUACCAUAAGGUGAAUGCACCAAUUUGU